AGACGCGUCUGGCCCUAUCUCUCUCCCAUUCAAUAAAAAUCGAGUCCCUCUCUCUCUUUCUUUGAAACCCCGACACGGAACUCUCUCUCUCUCAUAUACGAUGGCGACGGAAAACUCCUCUCCCCCAAAACCGCUUCAACAACCUUCCAAUUCCAACCCAAACCCCACUACAGACUCCAUCCAACCGUCCAAUCCUACAAACCCUAACCUACCUUCCCCCCAAAUUCCCCCUUCUCCUUCAUCCAUGGAACUCCCCCAAAUUUCCUCUCCCCAACUCACCCUCUCUCAACAACAGCAACAGCAACAGCAGCAGCAGCAGCAGCAGCAACAACAACAACAACAGCAACAACCACAGCAAAUGAACCCCUCCUUACAACAACAGCAGCUGCAGCAACAGCAGCUACAGCAGCUACAGCAACAGCACAAUCUGACAUCUUCGUCGAGUUUCCAGUUGCAGCAGAGCCUUCAACGGUCUACGUCAAUGCCCAGGAUCAAUGCGAUCCAGCAGCAGCAGCAGCAGCAGCCGCAGUACUCGAUGAGGCAGCAGGCUGCCGGGAUCUAUGGGCAGAUGAAUUUCGGGAAUUCGGGUGGGGUCCACAUCCAGCAGCAGCAGCAGCAGCAGCAGUUGGGCGGCGGGAUGUCGCGGUCGGGGCUGAUCGGGCAGGCCGGGCAGGCGGGCGGGCACCUUCCCAUGUUGUCUGGGCAGGCUUCUGCUCCGUUCAAUAUGCAGUCGCAGUUGCUUGCGCCGCAGAGGCAAAAGACAGCCUUGGUUCAAAAUUCCCAAUUCCACUCUGCUAAUUCUACAGGGCAGUCGUUGCAAGGGCCGAUUGGAAUGUCGCUUGGCUUGAGCACGCAACUCAGAGCGAACGUGCCUCUUUCAUAUGUCCAUCAACGCAUGAACCAUCCUGCGGCGAUGAGGCAACAACAGUUGCCACAACAGGCAUCGCUGGCCUCUCCCCAGAAGUUGCAGGCUCAAAGCUUGCCAAGGACAUCACUGGCAUCUAUGAACCCUCCUCUAUCUGGCUUGACCCAAAAUGGGCCAUCAGUUAUGAUGCAAAAUUCCUUGUCGCAACAGCAGUGGUUAAAACAAAUGCAGUCUACAAGCUCUACUCCAGGUUCUCCUUCAUAUCUUCAACAGCAGAGGCAGCAAUUCUUGCAGCAACAAUUGUCUUCAUCUUCUCAUCUGCAUCAAAAGGCCAUUGCACUGAACCAACAACAGCAGCCGCAGCAGCUCAGUAAUCAGCAACAGUUGCAUCACCAGCAGCAGCCUCAAUUGCAUCAGCAACAACAGUAUGCACAGCAGCAGCAGCCAUCUCCAAAAAUGCCAGGGCCUGGGGUCCAGAAAUCCAUAAGUUUGACUGGAUCACAGCCGGAAACUAAUGCAUCUGGCACAACGACACCUGGUGGGAGUUCAAGUCAAGGAACAGAAGCAAGUAAUCAACUUCUUGGGAAGCGUAAGAUACAGGAUUUGGUUUCACAGGUGGAUUCACAGGGAAAGCUGGAUCCUGAAGUUGAGGAUCUCCUUUUGGAGAUCGCUGAUGAAUUCAUUGAUUCAGUCACUACAUUUGCAUGCAAGCUGGCAAAGCAUAGGAAAUCUUCAACUUUAGAACCCAAGGAUGUCUUGCUACACCUAGAGAAAAAUUGGCAGUUGACCAUCCCAGGAUUCACAAGCGAGGAACGAAAAUACCAAAGAAAACAUGUUCGACCGUAGUUACUAGACCAAGAGAUGUUGGGGAAACAAUGCAAGAAACUGAUGCACGAAACCUCAUAUUUAUACAACUGUUAUAGUAUUUAGGUGUGACAUGGGGACCAUCUGGGAUAUUUUGGCAAAUGAGCCAUCCCCAGUGGGGCUUAAAACGCAAUCUCAACAAGAGCAAGAGAAUGGGAUAUGUUGUACAAAUUGAAAGCUGAGAGUGCUUCAUGAACUCUCCAAAGAUUAUGUAUACCUCGUUCACAGUAUAGUCAGCUUGGAGUGAAAACAGUAACAUAUCUGAUAUAUCUAAAGGUAUGUCUGUAUGCAUUUUCCUUUAUCUUAUGGGUUGCAGGUUGCUUGUUUUUUAACCAUCCAUUUCCCUGUACAUGUGUGACGCCUUAUGAAAGUCGUGAUUUUCGGAACGUGGUGGGCCUAGCCGGGAUGCAGCACACACAUUGUACACGGGAUGAGAGUGCCAUGGAAUUUGUCUUUUGCAUUUCUCAAUUUCUUUUACUGAUGCAAUGAUUUUAGACUCUAGACGAGGAUGGCUCAGGAAAGAACAAUAGUACAAGCACAUUGUGGCAGUUAUUAGUAGUUUGGUUACUUGUAAAAAUGUUUUUUCCCCCUUCAACAUUAAGGGUCAGUUUGGGUAGGGGAUCCUGUGUAAUCAGGAUUAAGUCAAAUCCCAAUUUGGUGGGCCCCGUGAUCUCUGUGUAGGAUUUGCGGCAAUAAAGCGGGCACUUUCCUCCAAAAAAUGCAAUUAAUGAAGUAUUGAGGAAAACCAAAAUGCCGCUAAUUGUGUUUAUGUGAAAGAAGGUGCUGGUUUGGUAUGCUGGAUCCAAAGUCAGGAUUAGAUUUAAUCCCAAUUAUGCGGGAUCCCCUACCCAAAUGGACCCUAAGAAAAUUGAGAUUCACAUAGUUCACCCGAUGUUCCUGGGUUAAAUACUAAUUCUCUCUCUUUUUCCCUGACUUGUAUUCGUUUGCUUUUGAAUUUUCAUCAGCUCCUCUUUAUUACCAUCUUGACUUGGGUUGUGCUGUAAAAUCAUUGGUCUUACGCUUGUUGUUUCUGAUCUGAGCAGGCAUUUUAGUUUGAGCAAUUAAUUAAUUGUAGAGUUUCCUUUCCCUAUCCUUGAUGGUAUCAUGUGAUCGGCGUUUUGUUUCAAA